AUGCAUAAUGAAGGCAUUCUGGAGAAGGUGGACUUCUGGAAGCCUGGUAGUCAUGACCUUGUGACCAUUGGCUUGACUGUUGACAUUCACGUUCCUGCAGCCCAGCUUGACAUGGUCUUUACCAUUUUACAGCAAAGUGGCACGGAAGUUAAGUAUUUGAUUAUACACACAGGAUUCAUUAGAUUUUCCAUCGCACUUGUAUCUUAUGAUUCAAAAUUAAUGAUGUGGAGAAAGACCCAGUCCAGGAACAGUGUUAACAGCUGUAUUGGUACUGACCCCAACAGAAACUUUGAUGCUGGAUGGUGCACAACUGGAGCUACAAACAACCCUUGCAGUGAAACCUACUGUGGAAGCAGCGUAGAAUCUGAGAUUGAGUCCAAGAAUUUGGCCAACUUAAUCUGCUCCAACAAGUCCAUCAUCAAGUCCUACCUGACUAUCCACUCAUAUUCCCAGCUGCUCCUUUUCCCCUAUUCCUACAAAAAUGAUCUGGCUGCUCAUCACAGCUGUGUGUCUCAGGGAGCUAUUGCAGCUCUGCAUUCCCUUUAUGGAACCAGACACACUAGCGGCCCUGGCGCUGUGACCAUCUACCCUGCUGCUGGUGGCUCUGGCGACUGGGCUUAUGACCUGGGUGUGAAGUACUCCUACACCUUCGAGCUGAGUGACGAAGGUCGUUAUGGAUUCCUGCUGCCUGAGUCUCAGAUCAAGCCAACUUGUGAGGAGACCAUGCUGGCUGUCAAAUACAUUGCUAACCAUGUACUCAACAACAGAUUGAAGCAUCUAAUAAAAGCUUGACUGUGGCUGUGCAUUCUGUGACAUCAGUUAACUGCACAUCUCAAAAUGCCAUGAUAAGUAAAGCAA